AUGGAACUGUGUAUGGCAGCACAGGAGGACGAUACACCUUGGGAGCUCCCUGCCGCUGAAACGGAGGACCCCGAAGGUUCGGCCGGUCCCCCACAGACACUACUAAACGGUCGAGCUCACUUUUCAAUUCUUGGUGUCGUUCGUCGAAAGCCCUCUCGGGCAGAUGCAGAGUCAACUCUCAGCAAGUCAUGCUCAGAUAAGCUUGCCUUGAAGCAAGUGACUUCCAUUCUAUCCUUUCCAACGAGCUUGCUUAUCGUGCCAACUCCAAAUGCAUAUAUCUCCAAUAUCAUUCUACCAGAGGAUGAACUGAAUCGUGUGGGGUGCGACCGAUCGUUCGGUGGGGGAGAAACGGGGCGCAUGCGGCGGUUAAAGGACCAGGUGUGGGUGUCUACACCAGCAAUAGGUGGAACCUUUCGAUUUCAUCCUUUCACGGUCUGCUCAUUACCAAUGGAUGUUUUUGAGGCGAUGUGGAAGUAUGGGAAGCCCACUGGUACGUCGCCACAGGGAAAUGUGAAAACCGGAAAUGUAUCAGCCGUCUGGACUGCGCCUCCGUCAUAUUCAACACGACCGCCUUUCUCAGCAAUGGGUAAUCAGACUCCUCAGCUAUUCCAGGAAGAAUGGCACAAAGAAUACUUCAAAACGGCACCAACGAAUCUCAACGAAACCUUGAUAAACGGAGUCAAGCAGGGCUACCGUUUGAACUCGCCUGGGUAUAAGAAGGCCAGCGCAUUGUCUCGAGCUAGGAUGUGGGCACUCCUACGUGAUAGCGUACAACUCUUGCAAGAGUGUUGUAAGGUCGCACCAGGGCCAUUUGAUGAUACGUAUAGCUCGUCAGUGAGUGAAUGCGUCCUUUCGGCCCCUACUUAUAAUUCACUGAAAUCUAUGUCCAUAAUAAUGAGACUCUCGUUGCAACGGCAUCUGGUCCAGGGCGAUGCGCGGUAUGUACUCCAAAACUGGAUACGCAACCAGGGCGAUGGGGGUUGGGGGUUGGACGUGUUCGAUAUACCUGCGAAGGCAAAGAUUGAGAGGUCCCAACCUUUGUGA